AUGACAGGACAGAAGAUCUGGUUGCGCGCUGAAACCAAGCCUGCUGAGGCGCGGUCUGCCUUGACUCCCACCACUUGCAAGGCAUUGAUCGAUGCCGGGUACGAUGUGACGGUCGAGCGCUCCACACAGCGCAUCUUUGAUGACGAGGAAUUCACCAAGGUCGGCGCACCCCUCGUCGAGGAAGGAUCGUGGGUCAAGGAUGCGCCCAAGGACGCCUACAUUCUGGGCCUGAAGGAGCUGCCCGAGGAUGACUUCCCGCUGGAGCAUGUCCACAUUUCUUUUGCCCACUGCUACAAGCAGCAGGGCGGCUGGGAGAAGGUUCUGAGCCGGUGGCCUCGCGGAAACGGCACGCUGCUUGACCUGGAAUUCCUCACCGACGAUGCGGGACGGAGAGUUGCCGCCUUCGGGUACUCGGCCGGCUAUGCAGGCUCUGCGUUGGCUGUGAAGAACUGGGCGUGGCAAUUGACACACCCUGAGGGUGGACCACUGCCUGGUGAAGUUCCUUAUGCUAACCAGGAUCUUCUGAUCGCUUCCGUCAAGGAAUCGAUCGAGGCCGGCAAGAAGGCUUCGGGCCGGUCCCCGAAGGUGCUUGUCAUUGGCGCCCUGGGACGUUGUGGCAAGGGCGCUGUGCAGCUGGCCAAGGACGUUGGUGUCCCCGAGUCCGACAUCCUGCAGUGGGAUAUUGAGGAGACCAAGAAGGGUGGUCCCUUCAAGGAGAUCGUCGAGGAGGCUGAUAUCUUCAUCAAUUGCAUUUACCUGUCCGCCAAGAUCCCUCCGUUCGUGAACGUCGAGAGCCUGAGUUCCCCCAACCGCACUUUGUCCGUUGUUUGCGACGUCAGCGCCGACACGACCAACCCCAACAACCCCAUUCCCAUCUACGAAAUUACCACCACCUUCGACAAGCCCACCGUGCCUGUCACUCUACCCGCCGGCACCCAGGGCUCGCCUCUGAGCGUGAUCAGCAUCGACCACCUGCCUUCUCUGCUCCCGCGUGAGAGCUCUGAGAUGUUUAGUGAAGCCCUCCUCCCCAGUCUCCUUCAGCUGAAGGACCGAUCCAAUGCUCGGGUCUGGAAGCAGGCUGAGGACCUGUUCAAGGAGAAGGUUGCCACUCUGCCGGCUUCGGCGCUUGCUUAA